AUGCCGGCAACAAAACUUUUCGAACCGCUUAAGCUGGGCACGGCUCAGCUUCAGCACCGUGUGGUCAUGGCACCAUUGACCCGACUUCGCGCCGACAAGGACCACGUUCAAUUGCCCAUGGCAGUGGAGUACUACUCGCAAAGAGCAUCGUCAGGAGGUCUUAUCAUUGCAGAAGCAGUGCUUAUUUCUCCUGAACACGGUGGUUUUAGAAACGCACCUGGAAUCUAUACUGAAGCUCAAAUCAAUCGUUGGAAGGAGAUCACGGAUGCUGUGCAUGCCAAAGGAGGCUAUAUCUAUGCCCAGUUGAUCUCUGUGGGUAGAGUAGCAGACACUGGUAUCCUUAAGGAAGAAGGGAACUUCCCUCUGAUAAGUUCGAGUGCAACGCCAUUUACCGAAGGUCCAAACUCCCUCCCUCAUGCCUUGACAGAGGACGAGAUCAAAAGAACAGCAGAGACAUUCGCCCAAGCCAGCAAAAAUGCCAUCAAAGCAGGCUUCGACGGCAUAGAACUGCACGGCGCAAACGGCUACCUCAUCGACCAAUUCACCCAAGACACUUGCAAUCUUCGCACCGACUCCUACGGCGGCAGUGUCGAAAACCGGUCUCGCUUUGGCAUUGAAGUCAGUCAAGCUUGUGUUGACGCUAUCGGUGCUGAACAUGUCGGUUUCCGCAUUAGUCCCUUCAGCACUUUUCAAGGCAUGAAGAUGAAAGAUCCGAUUCCUCAAUUCUCGCAUCUGGUGCAAGAGCUUCAGAAGCAGAAAUUGGCGUAUCUGCAUAUCAUCGAGUCGCGCGUUAUCAAUAGUGUGGAUUGUGAGAAAGUGGAGGGUAUUGAGCCUUUUUUGCAUAUCUGGGAUAACACUUCUCCUGUCCUUGUUGCUGGGGGCUUUUCUCCAGAGUCAGCAAGAAAUGCUGUUGAUGAAGAGUAUAAGGACUAUGAUACAGCAGUGGUGUUUGGAAGACAUUUUAUCGCGAACCCGGACUUACCGAAGAGAAUUGAGAAGGGGUUGGACUUGAAUAAGUAUGACAGGAGCACUUUUUAUGCUCCCAUGCAGAAGCAGGGAUAUCUGGAUUAUCCGUUUCAUGGGCAGAGUCAGGAGGUGGAAGUUGAGGCCUGA